GAAGGAGGGGGAGUUUCCAUCCACCCACCCAUCCAUCCUUCAGUCCUGGGAAAAAGCCGGGGAGGCGCGCGCGCUCAAGCUGGGCUUCGGCUCCAGAGCUCUGCUGCCAGGAAAGACUUUGCGAAGAAGGAAGAGACUUUGCCAAGAGGAAGAAGACAAAGAAAGGGAAUCGCUGCGGAAAUGGCUCUCCUGAAAUGCGGAUGGCUUUGGAGGCAGAGUUCUAUCCUGAGACGCUGGAAAAGGAACUGGUUCGUCUUGUGGGUGGACGGGGCCCUCGUCUAUUACCACGAUGACACCGGCCACGACAUGGACGGGCGGAUCAACAUCAAGUUCAACUGCCGAGACGUCCGGAUAGGGCGCGAGUGUCGUGACAUUCAGCCGCCGGAAGGACGAACCCGUGAGUGUCUGAUGUGCAUUGUGCAAAGAGACGGCUCCAAAACCAUGCUCUGUGCAGAAAGCGAGGACGAUGCCGUAGCCUGGAAGAUAGCAAUCCUGGAGGCAAAAGCAACUCAGGUCCACUUGUACGACCCAUACGAUGACUAUUACCAGACGGUGCCCCUCGAUUCUCACCAGACAGUGUACGUCAGCAACGAUUACUACGGCCAGCAGUAUGGAGCGUCCGGAGUGACUCACGUCAUUUUCCGCGAGGACCCUUCCCGUGUCUCCGGGGACCAAAUGGCACUGGGGUUGUUGGCCGGAGCCGCCUCCGGAGCAGCUCUGGGUUCCUUCAUGUGGAUGCCCUGCUGGUUUUGAGCUUCCCCUUUGGCCGCCUCCACCCCAGCCCUGCCUCCGCCACGCUCAGCGCAAGACGCCUCCGACGUUCCCUUGGAGAGGACCACUCAUGUGCAUUGGUCAGAGGGGCAGUGGCGGGUCUGCUGCUAGAUCCCACAAGCAGGAGGGCAAGCAGGCAUGUCCUAUUGUUUCAUCAUUGUGGUGCCCCAAUAACGCUUUGCCCCACCGACCCACGCAGCCCUUUGCAUCCCUGCAGCUGGGAAUCUUUUCUAGGUUUUGGAUGGCUCCAAAAGAACUCUCCAAGGUGCUGAACCUAGUAUAGCGUUCUAAUUCAGCACCUUGGGCAGUGCCCAUAAAACCAUGACAUGGGAGCCACAAACACUCAACCGUCCGUGACCUAACAUUAGCAUCUUAGCAACUAGUAUAUUUAUGGCACAAAGGGAUCCUCUUCUGGUGUUAGACAAGGUAGCACCCAUAAAACCCUGACAUGGGAGCCCAAAACACCCCAAAGCCAGGUUCUUAGUGUCUCUGGAUCCGGGAAUCUCCUCUAGGUUUUGGAUAGUUCCAAGAGAGCUCUCCAAGGUACUGAACCUAGUAUAGCGUUCUAAUUCAGCACCUUGGUCAGUGCCCACAAAACCUUGUCAUGGGAGCCAAAACACCUCAAAGCCAGGCUCUUAAUGUCUCUAGAUCAGCGUUUCUCAACCUUCCUCAUGUCACGACCCCUGAGUACAGUUUCUUAUGUUGUAGUGACCCCCAACCAUAAAAUUAUUUUUGUUACUACUUCAUAACUGUAAUUUUGCUACUGUUAUGAAUCAAAAUGUAAAUAUUGAUAUGCAUAAUGUAUUUUCAUUCACUGGACCAAAUUUGGCACAAAUAUCAAAUACCCCCAAAUUUGCAUACUGGUGGUCUUGGGGGGGAUUCAUUUGGGAGUUGUAGUUGCUGGGAUUUAUAGUUGACUUACAAUCAAAAAGCAUUCUGAACUCCACCAAUGAAGGAACUGAACCAAUCUUGGAACACACAACUCCCAUGACCAACAGAAAAUACUGGAAGGGUUGAUGGGUAGGGCAUUGAUCUUGAGUUUGGGAGUUGUAGGUCACCUACAUCCAGAAAACACUGUGGACUCAAGCAAUGAUAGGUCUGGAAGAAACUUGGCACAGAUACGUAAUAUGCCCAAAUGUGAACACUGGUGAAAUUUUGGGAAAAUAGACCUUGACAUUUGGGAGUUGUAGUUGCUGGGAUUUAUAGUUCACUGAUAAUCAAAGAGCAUUCUGAACUCCACCAACAAUAGAUUGGGCCAAACUUCCCACACAGAACCCCCAGGGCCAACACAAAAUACUAUUUUUAUGAUAUUUGGUGACCCCUCUGAUACCCCCUCACGACCCCCCCAGGGGUCCUGACCCCCAGGUUGAGAAACGCUGCUCUAGGUCUAGAAAUCUACUCUAGGUUUUAGAUCGCUCUAAGAAUACUCUCCAAGGUGCUGAACGUAGUAUAGGGUCUUAAUUCAGCACCUUGGUCAGUGCCCAUGAAACCAUGAGAUGGGAGCCCCAAACACCCCAAAGCCAGGUUCUUAGUGUCUCUGGAUCCGGGAAUCUUGGUUUUGGAUAGUUCCAAGAGAGCUCUCCAAGGUGCUGAACCUAGUAUAGGGUCUUAAUUCAGCACCUUGGUCAGUGCCCAUGAAACCAUGAAAUGGGAGCCCCAAACACCCCAAAGCCAGGUUCUUGGUGUCUCUGGAUCCGGGAAUGUUGGUUUUAGAUAGCUCCAAGAGAGCUCUCCAAGGUGCUGAACCUAGUAUAGGGUCUUACUUCAGCACCUUGGUCAGUGCCCAUGAAACCAUGAAAUGGGAGCCCCAAACACCCCAAAGCCAGGUUCUUAGUGUUUCUGGACCCGGGAAUCUAGGUUUUGGAUAGCGCCGAGAGUUCUCUCCAGGGUGCUGAACCUAGUAUAGGGUCUUAAUUCAGCACCUUGGUCAGUGCCCAUGAAACCAUGAAAUGGGAGCCCCAAACACCCCAAAGCCAGGUUCUUAGUGUUUCUGGACCCGGGAAUCUAGGUUUUGGAUAGCGCCGAGAGUUCUCUCCAGGGUGCUGAACCUAGUAUAGGGUCUUAAUUCAGCACCUUGGUCAGUGCCCAUGAAACCAUGAAAUGGAAGCCCCA